GGUAUCAUCACUAUUACAACACGUGGUGGCACUGCAGACCACAACUUUGAGAGUCAUCUGAGCUCCUCCUUUACAGCAACAGAAUGUGCGUUGUAAGGGUGCAAAUAACCAAGGCUUAGUAGCAACUGCGUCGUGAUUUCGGAUUGUAUCGAGAGAUGUUUAUUUAGUUGUUUUAAUCGCUUUUAAUAUCAGGACAUUUUCUUGCACAAUCAUGGAUAUCUCCAGAUAUUAUGGCUUCUGGAUUGCUUUAUUUCUGUUAUGGAAAUCUUCGGUUGGCCAGAUUGUCUAUUCCGUCUCCGAGGAGGUAAAUAAAGGAACCGUGAUCGGGAAUGUUGCAAAAGACCUCAAGAUCAGCGCUCAGGAACUGGAAUCACGCAUGUUUCAGAUUAUGCCUGGAUCAAAUGCAAAGUAUUUUGAUGUAAAUGUGAAAACGGGGUCGCUGUUUGUCAAAGACAGGAUUGAUCGUGAGGAGUUGUGUGGCUCUAAUCAGAAAUGUACAUUAAAUUUAGAGGCUCUUGCUCAGAAUCCGCACAGACUUUAUCGGCUUGAAAUUAUAAUUGUGGAUGUGAACGACAAUGUUCCGUUUUUUAUUGCCAGCGUGUAUGUUGUCAAUGUUACAGAGAAUGCAAACGAUGGGGAAAGAUUUCCUCUUCCGAUUGCAAAAGAUUUCGAUGUUGGCAGUAAUUCUCUGAAAGAUUACAAACUGAGUUCAAAUGAGUACUUUUCUUUAGAUGUUCAUAGCGGGCAAAAGAGUAUAUCUGCUGAGUUAGUACUACAGAAAGCUUUAGACCGAGAGAAACAAGCCGUUAUUCACUUAAUAUUAACGGCUGUUGACGGAGGAAAACCUCCUAAAUCUGGAACCUUGAGUAUUGUUGUUGAUGUCAUGGAUAUAAACGAUAAUCAGCCUAUUUUCAGUAAACCUUUAUACAAAGUUAAAGUAAAAGAAAACACACCAAUUGCAACCGAAAUAAUUUCUGUUUCUGCCACUGAUUUGGAUGAGGGCAUCAAUAGUGAAAUUCAAUAUUCAUUUCAUGGAAAUACCGAUGAUCAGAAACUGUUUAGCAUCAAUCCUAACUCUGGGGAAAUUGUUGUUCAAGGACACAUUGAUUACGAGGAUGAUUCUGCAAUUGAACUCCGUGUUCAGGCGAGAGAUAAAGGCAGCCCUCCUAAAAGUGCACACUGUAAAGUUUUAAUAGAAGUUAUUGAUGAAAAUGACAAUGCACCAGAGAUAGUUACGACUCCUCUUUUGGAAAAUGUGAAAGAAGACACAAAGUCAGGAACUGCUGUUGCUUUAGUCACAGUGUCUGAUAAAGAUGGAGGUAAAAAUGGCAUUGUUCACUGUGCGCUGAAAGGCUCGUUUCCUUUCAAACUGGAAACGUCAUAUAACAAUCAUUAUUCUCUAGUGGUAGACGGACCUCUGGACAGAGAGAGUGUUUCUCAGUAUGACAUCACAAUUACAGCUUCAGAUGAAGGAACUCCGGCUCUUUCCAGCAGCACUGUUAUAACUGUACAUAUCUCUGAUGUUAAUGACAAUGCCCCACAUUUCCCAGCACCCGUUAUUAACGCUUUUCUAAGUGAGAAUGGUCAAGCUGGAGGUCUCGUGACAAAAGUGACAGCUGAUGAUUCAGACACUGGUGAGAACGCACAACUUUCAUAUUCACUGUUAGACAGUUCCAGCUCCAGAGUUCCUGUAACAACACUGAUCAAUAUAAACUCUUUGAGUGGAGAAAUAUUCAGUUUACAAUCAUUUAAUCACGAGGAAACAAAAAGAUUUCAGUUUGAAGUGAUGGCAACAGACUCUGGUGUUCCUCCUCUGAGCAGCAAUGUGACUGUAAAUGUGUUUAUUCUGGAUGAGAAUGACAACAGUCCAGUUAUUUUACCGCCUUAUUCUGAUCCUGGAUCAGUUAAUACUGAGAACAUUCCCUACUCUGCUGAAGCGGGAUACUUUGUAGCCAAGAUCAGAGCUGUUGAUGCUGACUCUGGAUAUAACGCUCUUUUGUCUUAUCAUAUAAGUGAAGCCAAAGGAACUAAUCUCUUCCGCAUUGGAAGCAGCACUGGAGAAAUAAAGACUAAGAGAAGAAUGAGUGACAAUGAUUUAAAAACUCACCCACUUAUUAUUACAGUGUCUGAUAAUGGAGAGCCAUUACUCUCAGCGACUAUGUCCAUGGAUGUUGUGGUUGUCGAGAGUCUGGAUGACAUAAAGACAUCAUUCAGAGAAGUUCCUGUUAAAGAGGAGAGUUUCUCAGAUCUGAAUGUGUAUCUGCUCAUCGCUAUCGUCUCAGUAUCAGUCAUCUUUUUACUGAGUCUCGUGGGUUUGAUAGCAGCUAAAUGCUACAGGACAGACGGCAGUUUCAGCAGGUACAGCGCUCCAGUGAUCAGCACCCAUCCAGACGGAAGCUGGUCCUUCUCUAAAUCUACUCAACAGUAUGACGUGUGUUUUAGUUCGGACACAAUAAAGAGUGAUGUAGUCGUUUUCCCCUCGCCGUUUCCACCAGCAGACGCGGAGUUGAUCAGCAUUAAUAGUGGAGAAGACACUUUUACGCGCACACAAACUCUUCCUACCACUGGAAAGGUAAGUUGA